CCAACGACAACAAACUUCACAGUUAGUGCAGCAACAGGGAUAUUAACAUUAGCCUGCGAGAUAACCAGCUGGUUAUGCUAGUUUUAAAAGACCAAGUUAAAGAGUAGACUUAGAAGAAAUGAUUAAACAAACAAUUCAGAUAUUUGGUCGCAUUAAACCAACAAGGACAACUCAGGCGGUGUACUCUGUGGACAAUGAGGAUCAGACAGGUGCGUCUCUGGAGUUUGUGGUACCAAAGGGUCUGGCUGACGGCUUUGUAAACAACAAGAGGGAGAGUUACAAGUUCAGGUUCCAGAAGUUGUUUGAUCAAGCAGCCAAACAAGAAGAUGUUUUUGAAAAAAUUGCCAAACCAGUUGCAGACAGUGUAUUGGCCGGCUAUAAUGGCACCAUAUUCGCCUAUGGGCAGACGGGGAGUGGAAAGACCUUCACCAUCACAGGAGGAGCCGAGCACUACAGAGAUCGAGGCAUCAUUCCUCGAACUCUUUCCUACCUGUUUGAGUGCUUUAGCCAGGACAGCAGCAUGAUUUACACCACACACAUCUCCUACCUGGAGAUCUACAACGAAAUGGGAUACGACCUUUUAGAUUCCCGACAUGAAGCGUCUCGACUGGAGGACCUACCAAAAGUGGUGAUCAUGGAGGAUCCAGAGCAGAACAUCCAUCUCAAGAACCUGACCCUGCAGCUGACAGCCAAUGAGGAGGAGGCUCUGAACCUGCUCUUCCUGGGUGACACCAAUCGUAUGAUUGCUGAAACUCCCAUGAACCAGGCAUCCACGCGGUCCCACUGUGUCUUCACCGUGCACCUGUGCAGACGGGAGCCAGGUUCAGCCACCGUGCGGCGCUCCAAGCUCCAUUUGGUGGACCUGGCUGGAUCAGAUAGAGCUAGCAAGACUGGCCUGAAUGGUCAGCUCCUCACUGAGGCCAAGUACAUCAACCUCUCCCUGCACUAUUUGGAGCAGGUCAUCAUAGCUCUGUCAGAGAAGAACCGCUCCCACAUUCCCUACAGGAACUCGAUGCUGACGUCCCUGCUGAGAGACAGCCUUGGGGGCAACUGCAUGACGACCAUGAUCGCCACGAUUGCAGCGGACAAGAGAAACCUCCAUGAGUCCAUCUCUACUUGUCGCUUUGCUCAGCGUGUGGCUCUCAUCAAGAACGAGGCCAUACUGAACGAAGAGCUGGAUCCUGCCCUGCUGAUAGCACGUCUGAAGAGAGAGAUCCUGUCUCUGAAGGACGAGCUCUUGAUGGUGACAGGAGAGCAGAGAGACGACCAGCUAACAGUGGAUGAGAUCCAGAAGUUGGAAGAGUCCGUCAAGGUCUUUCUGGACGACCCUGACCCAGACGUGACUCUACCAUUAGGAGCAGACCACCGAAAAAUCCAGCACUGUUUCUCUCUGCUCAAGAAAAUCAUCACGGACAAGAGCGAUGGAGGAAAUAAUCUCUGUGAUGUGAGACAGCCUCCAGAAGCGACAAUGAGAGGAGAGGUGAUAGAAGCCAGCGACCACACUGCAGCAGAAGUGAGCAGAUUAAAGGAGAUGCUGACACAACGGGAUAAUGAGAUCAGUAUCUUAGUGAAGAUGUUGAAGAAGGAGAAGAAGAGGGCCCAGGAUGCUGCUGCUCAGCUGGAUAACAUCACCAGUAACCAGAACUCAGCCUCCCAGAAUGCUUUGAGGUCGCCAGCGUUGCCACUGAUGAGUGAUGGAAGCUCAGACGCUGAGUCAACGGACCAUGGAAGACGGGCCGUACAGUACAUGAAGAGAGGUCCACAGUUGUCCAUGGGGAAACAAGAAGCCUUUGAAACCUUCAUCCGGGACCAUCAGGACCAUCUAACCAUUGAGGACAACAAGAACCUGCUCAAACAAAGGUCAGCUGAGGCCAGAAAACUCGGGGAGCUGCUGAAUGAAACCAGGAACAGCAUCAAUGAGCUGAAGAGGCAGUUGGAGAAGCAGCGGAGGCAGAGGGCAGCUCACGGUGUGAUGGAGAGCCACACAGAGACCGAGGAGGAGGUCGACCCCGUAGAGGAAAACUUGCUCCAACACAUUGAGCGAGAGAAAAAAGCUUACAAGAGCACUGUUGGCCGUCUGAAAGCGCUGAGGACGGAGAUCGAGCACCUGCAGCUGCUGCUGGAGAGGGCGAAGGUCAAGCUGCAGAGGGACUUCCAUCAGUGGUGGAGCCAGGAGGCCUUAAGCGUGCAGGAGUCUGAGUCAGAGGCUGCAGCCAGAUGUCACACCGCGUCUCCGAGUGGAACCUUGCAGCCAUCUUCACCUCGCACUCCAGGAUUUCGUGCACCUGGUCUGAGCAGUGCUGUAAGAGACCCUCCAGCAGGCACUGACCCAAAUCUGGCAGACUUCUCCACGGCUGCUGUUCAAGACUUCAGAGACUUCAUCCCCAGAAGCGUUCCCCCGUUCUCUGCGUGGCGUGACAAGUCCGUGGAUGGGAGUUCGACUGACUUCACUCCUUCAUCUGAGUGGAGGGCCCUUUCUGCCACCAAACUCUCCUCCUCCGCUGUGUCCCUGACCGGAGACCAGCAGGCCGACGCUGACAUCCUGGCGUUCAUGAGGGCACGGCAAAACCUCCUGAACAGAGCAGGUCCACCUCAGUAAGAACAGACGAGCCCGGGAGAGCCUGCAAGUCCUGAAGCUCCUCACACCUGACUGCUUGAGCAACCUCCACGUCUGUCAGGUCAUGACACCUUGUAUCAGACAUAACUGUUCAUAGAUGUACUGAUGAGUUAGAUUUCUCAUAAAAGACUUCACACACACUCACACACACCUGUAUAAUUAAAGGCCCAGCAGUCUAAA